AUGGCGAUGGACGCGGCUGGUAUGAUGUCCACGUCUUACCAUCACCACCACCACCAGCACCAGCACCAGCACCAGCACAAUGACGGGGACUACUACCCGCGCAAGUUUGGCCCCAAGCCCGACGUGGUGCCUUCGGGGGUCACGGAGAGGAAGGUGGGGCCCCUGGACAAGCCUGACAUGGUCUCUGUGGACGUGCUGAACCUCCGGGAGCCAGAUGUUCCAAACGUGCACAGGAAGAAGCUCGAGCACGACACCUACGUCCUGGGCACCAUCCAUCCCUUCAGGAAGAGCCACAGGUCGAUCUUUGGGAAACUGAAGCAGGAGCUCAGCCUGGUGGCCUCAGACCGACGGUCGUGGAGGAUCCUGCUGUUUGGAGCUCUCAACCUGCUGUGUACGGGCUGUCUGCUGAUGUGUCGUAGCAAGAGCCGUGGAUCUGCUCCGACAUCUUUUAGCUUCAGAGGCAGCUCAGAGGCAGCUCAGAGGCAGCUCAGAGGCAGCUCAGAGGCAGCUCAGAGGCAGCUCAGAGGCAGCUCAGAGGCAGCUCAGAGGCAGCUCAGAGGCAGCUCAGAGGCAGCUCAGAGGCAGCUCAGAGGCAGCCCGGAGGCCGCCUGCUGUGCCGUCCCUGAUGAAGUGCUGAGGGACCCAUCACUCAGGAAGGGGACAACAAGCAACCCUACCCCGCUCUCCUGCGCCGGCGUCGGGUGUCGCACAGACAGGAAGCACCGGACAGCCAUCGAGCGGCCGCGGGAACCUACACCUCCAUCAAUACCAGGCCCUGCUUCAUACUGGCAGCCACCCACACAGACUGCAGCGCAUCAGGACAAAGUCACCCAAGCAGACGGCCUGUAG